AUGGCGAAAUCAGAAAAUACGGAUGUGUUGGAGGCCGAGAUGAUCAAGGGCGGCGGAGAAUAUAUCGAAGAAAUUGCUCUUGCCCGCUUGACUGAGGAAGAUCUAUGGAAGCUAUCUCAGGAGUCGCUGACCGUCUGGUCAUGGACUGGCAUUCGUCUAGGCCUCAUCAUGUUCGUCCAUGGCUGCAACCAAGCCGGCUUUGGUAUCGACUGGGGCGUGAUCAGUGGUAUCAGCGCUUUGAAACCUUGGCAUGACUACUUUGGCUUCGGCACUUCAGGGGGUACAUACGGUCUGAUUAAUGCUCUGAUGAGCAUCGGUACUGUCUGCGGUGCUCCGUUCAUGGCCUUUGCGGAUGUGAUAGGUCGUCGUGGUAUUAACUUCGUCGGAAAUGCCAUUGUCAUAUUUGCCGCCAUUCUGCAGGGCUGUGCCAUCAAUUUGCCGAUGUUCAUGGCUGGUCGCUUCUUUAUGGGCUUUGGCACUGCUCUCAUGUCCAGUUCUCAGUACAUUGGAGAGAUUGCACCGCUUCAUCUCCGUGGUCGCAUGGUUGGCUUCUUCGGCGCCUGCUUUCAGAUUGGUAGUUUGGUCAUGCUGGGAGCUAUGAUCGGGCUCUCCAACCUGCCUGAAAACAACUGCUGGCGGAUUCCUUUGAUUCUCGAGGCUGCCUUCCCUGCCAUUGUCUGUACCACAAUCUACCUCUUGACUCCAGAGUCCCCCAGAUUCUACAUUAUGAAGGGGAUGCGCGAAAAGGCCAAGGAAGUCGUGGCAAAAUAUCACACCACCUCUACAGAUAUCAACCAGCCAAUUGUCGAGAUCCUGGUGGCUCAAAUGGAAGAAUCUCUUGAAAGCGAUCGAGAGGGAGUCCGAUCUUUCUGGGACUACCGAGUCUUCUUCACCAAAACGGCUCGGUAUCGACUGCUUGUUCUGGUGCUUUAUUCAAUCUUCCAGCAAUGGAAUGGAGGAAGUAUCAUCACAUACUAUAUGGCAGCAGCAUUGGAAACCAUUGGUAUUGACGGUACUCAACAACAACUCGGCAUCACGAUCGGAACAACGGCAGUCUACUUUGUUUUCACGGCACUCGGCUCUCUUCUUGUUGAUAAAUUCCGCAGACGAACCCUGAUCUUUGCAGGCCUCAUCAGCAUGAUCAUUUUCCAGACAGCUACUACCAUCACAUCAUGGAAAUAUAGUCUCCACGCUAGUCACGCUACCGCAGCACUCACUCUUCUCUGGAUCUUCCUGUACCAGACCUUCUCUGCCACGCUGAUUGCAACCAUGCACAAUCUCUACCCAGUCGAGGUACUGUCACUCCCCUUCGUGCGAAGGGAAUGGGGCUUUACAGGUGGCGCAGGUGCCGUUCAGACGUAUGGUAUUGGGGUCGGCAUCGGCAAGGUCGGAUACAAGAUCUGGGUGGUAUACAUCGCAUACAACACCGUCCAGCUCAUCUUAUCCUAUUUCAUCUUUCCCGAAACCAGUGGCCUGAGUUUGGAGGAGAUAGAUAGUGUGUUUGAAACCCCUGGCGUUGCACCUGUCAAGAUGUCCCUGGAUAUUCAGAAAGCUAAGAAGGAACGAGCAGCAGCAAGACGGGACGAGGAGUCUAGGUUCCUGCAUUGA